UGCCUGUGGAAUUCUCUGCUUCGUGGUCCAACGGGAAUGUGAAAGAAUAUAAGUUGACACUCGACACCUAUCCGCGGCUUGAGAAUCAUUAUGAGUUGCUGCUGACUGAGUGUGUGGAUCUCUAUCAGAAGGGAUCGCGCGAAGCAGUUCUUUCAGAACGUUUUGUUGACGAUUAGUGUUUUUCCUCUCUUUUACUUUACUUCCUUUUGUAUUAAACGGAUUCUUACACCCCUGCUUUGCAACAGUGGGCUAUAAUUCGGGGGUGUCGAUGAUGACUGUGGUUGACGUUCCCGCUCCGGCAUGGGUGGGAAGAGGAAGAAUGUGGGAGCGGAAGGGAACCCGAAGCCUGCUAAGGUAGUGCGAAUGGAGCCGCGUGCCGAACCUGUCUCAAAGAAACCUCCGAGAGUGGACAAGGGAGGUAGCGGAAGCUCCAGUUCUGCGCCGUAUCAGCAGACUCUACCCGACAUGGGGGUGUUCCAAGAUAUCCUUGCGACCCACUAUCGAGAUGUGAGGUUGCCUAUCGCGGCCGCUCAAACUCUGCCUUCCGCCCAGUUGCGUGACACAUAAAACAAAAAACAAAACAUAAUUUUCUACAAAAUCAAUGAAUUAAGUGAAUCCACGGCCUAAAUUAUGCUAUCCAAAUGACCCUUAAGGCUAUUUUGGUAACGACAACUCAUCCUUUCGGUCAUGUCAAACCUCCCUCCUUCAUUUCCUUCCAAAUCAAUUACCCUUCUCCAUCGCGAUAAGCUGAAAAAUUAUCCUCUCCGGCUUCAGUGCCACCAAUUGCAUUCGAAACCUUUAAUUCUAUCGCAUUUUUGCAUCCUUUUUGUUUCUCUCUAAUUCUAGACGAAAGAAAACCUACGACUGUCACGACCUAAAACGUUGCUCCAUCGACGAUGAUGCUCCUACGCGCCAGUGACAUCCUCCUCUGUCGAACUCCUAAUCCUCUCUAGUUCCUGAAAUUUCUUGAAAUGGAACCGUUCGAAUUCCAUGCAGUUUCUCGUUAUUGUUGCUCGAGUUUCCUGCUCACAUUUGUGUAGUUUUUGGUAUGAAGUGUGAUAUUUCUAGUGUUGUUUUGAGUUUCUGGUGUGGUUUCACAUACUUAUUUUAUAAUUGCGAAAUGAAUUCAAUACGAGAGAAGAGGAGAAAAUAACAAUGUUCGACAGUUGCAAACGUUCACAUGAGUUGAACCAAGCAGUCAACAAAAAACCCCAGGACAAACAAGAAGAAGUACAAUGUCUACACCAGGAGACUUUUCGUUUGCAUUGUGAUUAACGUGUGGUGUGAUAUAUAGCAUUUUUGGUUCGCUUUGUUGGGUGUCUGGUGAGACUUCUCAUUUUUCUUGUCUCCUUCAUAAGAGUUGUGGCGUGGUUUACCAUAUUUUGUCAGCUUUUUCCAUUUUCUAUCUAUUUUACGAGUGUGGGGUGUGGUUUGUCGCGUUUCUGGUCUGAUAUGAGUUUUCCGGUCUGCUUCAUUAGGCUUCUUGUUAGUUUAUGAGUUUUCUGGUAUGAUUCUAGAAAAUUGUGGUUAACUUUGGGCUUUUUGGUAUGCUUCAAAAAAUUUGUAUUAUUGUGAGUUAUAUGGUCUACUUUAUGAAACUUGUGAUAAACUUUAUGGUCUAUUUUAUGAGUUUUGUGGUGUGAGCUUUGUAUUAUUUGUGAUAUUUUUAUGAGUGAAGAUGGGCAGGGGCAAAAAAGAGAGGAUCCACACUGGAUUGAGAUCCCACUAGUUCACCGACAUAAGCCUGUUUUUGGAAAAGGCAAAGAAAUUAGCCACCCUCCACGCCGAACCUUUCACCCACCCACCCCCCCCCCCCCCCCCCCGCCUUCUCUCAGAAAACCUUUCCUCCGUCUUCUCCCAAACAAUACCCUUCCACCGUCUUCGAUUGGUCCUCCCCCAAAAACCCUUUUCCUCCAUCUUCUCCCAAAGACUCCCUUCCACCGUCUUCGAUCAUUUUUUGGCGGCGGGUCUUGAGUGUGAAGACUUUGUUGUUUGGGGCAGAGGUAGUUCAGAUACAACCUCAACUUUUGUAGGGGUUUGUCGGUUCGUCUCCGUUGAUUGUUUUUUAUCCGAUUCGUCGGUACUUUCGCCCAUCCCCACUUCGUUUUUUUAUAUGAAAUUCUGGUUUGCUAACCUAGUUGUUUAUCUCCUUCUUGUUAAGUGCAUAGACGAACCUCCUUCCGUCGUUGUUCCUUUCUGUGCCCGUGAAGACAAUUGGUGGUGAGGUUUCUUUACAUUACUGGUUUUUGUUUUUCGGCUGCUAGGUUGGAAUAAGCCUUAUGAAGGCCUGUGUUUUUUGUUUGACGUGAUUGUUUGGUGUUGAUAUGAUCAACUGGUAGUCUUAAGAAUCGUACCAGUGGUAGUGGUACUUGUCGUAGUGGUACCAACAACUUUGAUUGGUACCAAUAACAUUUUUCCUUGUUAGUAGUAGUAUUUUACCAGUACUCUUCUACAUUGCUAGUAGUAGUUAAGAAUCGUACCAGUGGUUGUGGUAGUUGUGGUACUGGUACCCAUAGCUUUGACUGGUACCAGUAACAUUCUUGAUUGUUAGUAGUAGUAUUGUAUCAGUAACAUUCUACAUUGCUAGUAGUACUUAAGAAUUGUACCAGUGGUAGUUGUGGGACUGAUACCCAUAGCUUUGUUUGGUACCAGUAACAUUGUUUCUUGUUAGUGGUAUUAUUGUAUCAGUAACAUUUGACAUUGCUGGUUAUGUUUCUCGGCAGGUAGCAGUCCGCUUGAGGGCUCUGGUGAUCUGGUGUUGGGCCUAAUAGCAAAUGGCCACUCGAUGAGGUAACAAAGAGUCUCAUCAAAAAGAAGAAGCAACAGACUGUACAACCAAAUCCAAUCUCUUUGUAGAAGAAGUGCAAUCUGACUUCAAUCAUCGAGAUUGUGGAGGCUGGUAUUUCAUAUGAGAGGAAGGCGCUUAUCAAGAAGCUCGGGCUAGGUUCUGUGCUCGAUUUGAAGAUGAAAUGGUUUGAUAUCACAUUGUUGUGUUGGAUUACUAUACUAUUCGAUGAGGAGACGAAGUCGAUAACUAUGGAGGAUGAGGGACAUCUAACCUUUACUAUGGACAAUGUCGAAAUUUAUGGAGGAUGGGGGGCAACUCACUUUUACUAGUUUUUUGGGUGUUAGUCUUUAAUUUGAUCUUGGACAAAGUAUUGUUGCUUACAUCGGCACAAUUUGAUUGUGAAAAUUCAGUACCUUCUCCCAAGUUAAUUUAACUACAUACUUGGGCACUUGUGGGUUUUGAGAUAACUCUUCAAUGGUACCUUUUUAGCUGUACGGGUACCAAAGCAAUGUCACUGGUACCAAUUAAAAGUUACUGGUACCAAAAUAAUGAUACUCGUACCAAAGCAAUGUUACUGGUACCAAAAUCAUGACACUGGUAGCAUUAGUAAGACCGGUACCAAAUCAGGGCUACUGGUAGCAUUAGUAAGACCGACACCAAAACAGUGCUGCUGGUAGCAUUAGUAUGACCGAUUCCCAAUCAUUGGUACUAGUAUCCAUUACUAAUUCACAAUAGUAAGCCGCUCUUGAAAUUAAUUCUACUAGUUCAACCAGUGAAGGUGUAUUUGUAUUAUGUGCUCUAAGUAACAUUAAUUUGGUUAAUAGUACCAUGAUUUUGGUACCGGUAACAUUGGUUUGGUACCAGUAACAUUUGAUUGGUACCAAAAUCAUGCUACUAGUAACCAUUACUCAGUCUAAUACCAAAACAGAUGAAUUAGCAAAUCGAACAAUUGCAGUAGUGAUUCCACGUUGAACUGUCGGAUGAAACGAUGGAUGAGAACAAACCUCUAUUUAAAGAACAAAUGCAUUAGCAAAUCAAACAAUUUAACCUCCGACCAAUAUCCCGGUACCACUAGGGAAGUACCACUAACUACAACUAAAUGACUACCACUAAGGGACUACCACUAGAUGACUACGUUACUACCACUAAAAAUGUACCAGUAGAUGACUACCACUAGGAGCCUACCACUACAAUAACACUACCACUAGCUAACUUGAACCAAAACUACUUGUACAUUUUCACAAAACAUUAUUUGUACCAGUAGUAAAACGGUACAACUGCA